AACUUGGCACAAUGCAGUCAGGCAAGUACCGUUCUCCUGACAACCGCCAAACACAGACAUGUCCAUCGAAUUUCCAGACAGGGAAGUGUGAUUGGUCACUCCAGAGAACACAUCUCCUCAUGUGCUGACCCCGCUCUGUCAUUGUACGAGUUGCUGUUGUUCCCAGUUGCUUUCACUUUGCUAUAAUACCACUAACAGUUGACCAUGGAAUAUUUAGUAACAAGGAAAUUUCAUGGAUGGACUUAUUGCACAGGUGACAACCUAUCACGGUACCACGCUUGAAUCCACUGAGCUCCUGAGAGCGACCCAUUCUUUCCCAAAUGUUUGUAGAAGCAGUCUGCAUGCCUAG